CUCCUCUAUAAGACAAGACCACUACUGGAGUGUCAGCUAUUUGAGUAACAGGUGCUAUUCUACUACUCAGAUGCGACGGAUGCUUACUAACACUGAUUUUUUAAAAUUAGAUUUUAGAUUUUUAUUUCAACAAAACAACCGGAAUUGUUGUUUCAUUCUUUUUAACAUUUACUGUUUCAUUCUAUUAAAACAUUUAGCUAUUCAUUCUGAAGACUUAAAACGUUGUAUUAAAAAUAUAUUUAUCGGGAGUUUAGCCUACAUUUGUUUAUCAGUGUCUUUUCAAUUUAGUUUGAGAUUAUUUUUUUUUACAUCAAAUGUGGCUUCUUGGUUCAACUCCUGAAGUCAUGGAAGAGCGCCUGUCACCUUCUGCAUGUUUCGUCCGGAGCCCCGGUAAUAAUCAUAACACCGCAGCAGCGAGGGUUCACAGUAUUGAAGCAAUAUUGGGAUUUAAAGACGAAAACAUAUUUAAUCAAUCUGUCUCCUACAAUGGAUCAUCAGGGAAACUCGCCGAGCUGAGAGGGAACGGAAUUAUGUCAUCCCUGAAGAAAGAACACAACACGGAAAGUUUUGACAGUGUCUGCUGCAGCAGUUCGGGGGCCUCUGUUAGUCCUGAUUUACCUGACGGGGAGGAUAAACUGUCCGAUGAUGACAACCCAAAGAAAAAGCACCGGCGCAACAGGACCACGUUCACAACCUUUCAGCUGCAUGAGCUGGAGAGAGCGUUCGAAAAGUCGCACUAUCCGGACGUCUACAGCAGAGAGGAGCUCGCAAUGAAAGUGAAUCUUCCGGAGGUUCGAGUGCAGGUGUGGUUCCAGAACCGUCGGGCCAAGUGGCGUCGCCAGGAGAAGCUGGAGGUGAGCUCCAUUAAGCUCCAGGACACCUCCUCUCUCCUGUCCUUCAGCCGCUCCCCUGCCCAGUCCUUGUGCUCUGGACUGCAGCUGGAGCCAUGGCUCAGCACUGCCAUCACCACCACCCCCCUGCAGUCCCUACCCGGCUUCAUUACCAGCUCCUCUCAGGGCCUCCCAGGAGCCUCCAGCUAUUCCCCUCCACCCUUCCUCAACUCCCCCAGUUUCGGACACCAUAACCUGCCUCACAUUGGUUCUACACGUCCUCUUCCUCCGCCCCCAUACCAGUGCACCGUGGCUGGGUACAUGGAGAAGUUAGUUAUGGAAGAGACGGAUCCUCGUAAUUCUAGUAUUGCAUCUCUGAGGAUGAAGGCUAAGGAGCAUGUUCAGUCUAUUGGGAAGACAUGGUGAGGAUGGAUGUAUGCUGUCUGCAUCCCUCUGACUGGGGUCAUACGAACCCUGUAAAGACUACCACUGCGUGUAGUGCUUCUGCUCUAGUCUAUGGACAUGGAAGUCCCCUGUGCUGGAGGACUCCUCUCCACCAGAUGAUGCAAACUGUUGUUUCUUCUUCAUUGGUUUACAUCAUUGUCCCAGUCAGUGUUUUUUUGUUGUGUGAAUUCUCAGUAUUGGAGGAGGAACAACCAUGUCUAAUUUCAGAUAUUCACCUUUUAUAAUGAACUUUACCUGUCAGUGUUACGCUUGGAUCCACAUGGUCUACUUUUAAUGAAUAAUGAAGGAUGCCAUUGAGGAGAAAGUGGAAAUGUGAAAUGUUUGUCUGUGUUGCCCUCAACCUGGUUUCUAUGUCAUCAUUUCCAUCCCUAUUUUAAUAAUUAUCUUCUGUUAUUCUGUUAAGACAAUCACAUCCCAGGAUCAAUGUAUGUAUUGUUGUUUACCAGCCCUUGUUUAGAUACCUUUCAUUCAGUAUUUUUCCCUUUUGUGCCGCUGACUUUGCAAAUGUAGAAAUGUAGAUGAACAAAUGUCUGUUUGCUGUAAUUAGUUUCUCUCUGUACAUGAAGGAUAUUAUGGAAAUAAACCUGUAUAGUUACAUCCACCCUCCAGGCCGACAAUAUGCACAUUCAUCCUUCUUUCAUUAACUGUCAAGCCUGAAUAGCCUAAUACCAUAUGUCCUAUUAGACACAUAUUACAUUUAUUGUGUUGUUGUAGACAAAUCAUUUGUGACAGUUUCACCAUGCACAAUUGGCAUUAUUUACGGGAUCUUAGUUGGAUGACUCAGCAUGCUUAAUGUUCAGUCAACAGGUAAUUUGGAGAGAAAAAGACAGACAUAUUUUAUUUUUUUAUUUUUUUACAAUAUAACUCCUGUCUUUUCCAAGAGGAUUGCUUUUACUCAAUACUUUCAUUUUUCAGAAAACAAGUGGUUCUAUAGUUCAAAUUGAAAUCACAAAUCACAGAGCAGAGCAGAACACGUGAAUGAGGUGUCUGGUUCCCUCUAGUGGACAUUAGUCUUAUGAAGGGUGGGAAGUGAGCUGGCAACCAGAGGAUUGCUGGUAUCAAAUCCUAGAUGCCAUCGCCUUGCUAUUGUGCCCUUGAGCAAGGCACUUAACCCCCCACAACAACAGGUGCCCAGAGUGGCAGCCCCCUUCACUUCUCCAAAAACACCUGUGUAUGUGUGUCUUUCGGAGGGGUUGGGUUAAAAGCAGAAGUCAAAUUUCGGUUGUACCUUGUGUGCAAUUGGCCAAUAAAGUAAUAUGAGUCUUAAAUGGCAGCCAACACAAUUGAAACUCACCCAGUCAGUUAUUAAGAGGCAACUUCCACUUGAGUCAAAUGUAUUCUUUUAGUUUCCCUUUUACAUCAAUGCAUGACCAAGUGAAAAUUCUACUCACAGCACCUUCAGAAAGUAUUCAACCCCCUUGACUUUUUUGUUGCGUUACAGCCUGAGAUUUAGUGUCACUA